CUUGGCCUUCUCAUUCGGAUGACACGAAGGUCGUUCGUUCUCUCCCGGGCUCAAAUAUUUCUUUGCCGAGUAGCUCUACAACAAAUUACAUUCCGUUUUGUGUAUUGUAAUUUUUUGAAACGCCCUUAAGCGCUCCCGUUGAAUGUAACGAUGACUUGGUCUCAUUCGAUUUCUCUCUCGACACCCGCGAAGACGAAACAUUUUUUGAUUUACAGUUUCACCGACAACUUUUGACCUAAUUUUUGGUUUUAUCCAGUUUUCCCCCUGGCAGGUGUGUAGGGCAGUCGAAAUUCCUGAAUUUUAGAUAUUUUUAUGCCUUAUUGGAUUUUCCUAGCCAACUAUUAGACGUUAAAUCGUAACGGAAUGUCAUAUCGUUCCGCUCUGCCCGUUCCGCAUGUUUCACAUAUUUUUGUCGACAACUUUUGGCCUUAAUUAAUUAAAAAAAAAAAGAGGAAACAAUUUUGGUCGAGAAACAUAAGCCACAACCGCGGUAAUUGUUCGCCAUUAGUUUUUGGUCACAGUUGGGGCUCCCUAUUCGCGUUGCUGCCUCUAUUUAUAGCCUUCGUGAUAUAUAACUUGAUAUAUCACGCCCUUUUUACUUGAAAAAUAAACGCAAAAUUCGUGAUGGAAUUAUAAUGGCACGAUCCGUGAGAACGGAGCGUUCAACUUUUUUACACGACGCGGUGGUGUGAAGAUGCCAAGAGAAAACGAGUCAAGACAAAAGUGGCACAUAAUAUAAUCAUUUGGCUAAAAUAUCCGCCAUUUUGCUGGGGGAAAAAAAACACAUAAGAAUGUUAUGUAUCUUAACGCUCACACACAGUACGGUACUCUUCUUGCCGAGCAAUUCUGUUGUUCAUGAAAGAAAAAAAAUAAGGUGCCAUUAUCUCGUUUCUUAUUAUAUAUGUUCCGUAUUACGCUCGCCUAUUUCGAGUAACGUCAUUUUGUCGGUCUGCUCACUUCCUCUUCUUCUUCACGCGCACUUUACGAAAACUGUUGGUACGUGUGCGUUCGGUGUAAUCGUGUGGGACGGUCGUUUUAUUUAUAUUUCACCUUUUUAUUCGUUGCCAAAAAAUGGAAUGUGGGUCAAAACGUCGAGUGAGAAGAUGCUUCGGCGAGCAGACGAUAAAUUUCCUCAAAGAUGACAGAAGAAGAAGCCAAAAUCACGUUUUGGCAAACGCUCCUUCUCAUUAUAAUUGCUUAUGUGUCUUGUGUUGUUGUCCAUCUUGUUAAACUGAUUCUUUUCAGGGAUCGGCGUGAUGAAUCUCUGUGGCCGGCCAACAGACGGAAGCCAGUUAAAACUUUGAUUGUUAUGGGAUCGGGCGGACAUACCGGUGAAAUGGUGCGUCUCCUCUCUGCGCUCGAUUUUCGACACUUUGCUCCAAGACUUUAUCUUGUUGCGAGAACAGAUGACAUGAGUGCCAAGCGUGUACAACAGCUGGAAUCUAGUCAUGUCAGCACAGCUGACUCGUUUCAGACAGUUGCCAUUUCCAGGAGUAGGGAAGUCCAUCAGUCGUGGAUCAGCACCGUCCUUUCCUUUCUAAUAUCAAUUUUGGAUUCUCUAAGAAUAUUGUUUUCUUACCAACCAGAUUUGAUUUUGUGUAAUGGUCCCGGCACCUGCGUUCCACCUUGCGUUAUUGCUCUUCUCCUAAGGGCUUUAUUUAUCAAACGCUCUACAAUCGUCUUCGUCGAAAGCAUCUGCAGGGUGACCACAUUGUCCUUAACGGGAAAAUUGAUGUUGUUUAUUCUGGCCGAUCGUUCCAUCGUCCAGUGGCCCGAAUUACAUGCGAAAUACCCACAAACUGUUUUUCUCGGACGGCUCGUUUAACAUCCAACUUGAGCUUCUGUUUAGGUGAUACUGCAGCUUCCAGCAACAUCUUGUCGUCUGCUUCGUGAAUCGUGA